GCUAUGGAGUCCAAAAUGGAAUCGACAAAAACAUGUUACGUACUAACAGGUUCCCUGAGCCCUAAACUAGAGCUCAACGAGGAGGGCGCCCGCACGAUAUGCCAUGCAUUCGCCAGCUUCCUGCACCAAAACGGCUACAGGGCAUUUGACGUUCGAACUGGGUACCGCCAGCCAGACGGCGCCUGGCGGAUUCUUGUUGUUUUGUUCCGUCCGCUUGAAGAAAUGGCUAGUUUGAUGGAGCUGAAUAGCAUCCAUGAUGAAUUCACUCACUACAUUCUGUGGAACACUCUUUGGUUCAGGUGGGUUGAGGACUUGGAAGACUGCUCUGAGCUUGUGCCCGGCUGGGAGGAGUGGGGGAUAGGGAAUUAAAAACCAGCAGAGGCACUGGGGUUUGAAAGCAUCUGCCUGAUGGGUGCAGAUAUAUUUUAUGCUUACGCCUCAGUUUAAAUUAUUUCAGUUAUGGGUGAUCGUUGCUUAUGCUGCGUGCGGUAUUUCUAUGAGAUCUCUAUUUAAACAAUCUUUAC